UCAGUGUAUCGGUAUUUGAAUUGAAACUUCAAAAAAUGAACACUAUCCCAUCGCAUUCCCAUCACACCUCUCUCCGUCUCUCUCUCUCUUCACGUUUUCUCUCACACUGUUUCAGUUUUGGCUUCUUAACUAAAAUCAAUCACCUCGCACAAUUCAAGAUCUGUGCAUCUUCACAUUUUUUUUUCCUACUGUGCUAUUUCUUCAUCUUAUUUUUUCGUUCUGUUUUUGGUAUCCUGAGCAUAACAUCCUAGGGUUUGUUAUCAUUUCGCAAACUAUUUCUUCCAUUUCACGUUUGUUUCGAAUCACAUUCUCCUGCUUCUUCAACCGAUUUAGUGCUUUCAAAUGCAGAGACCUAAAGGAAGCAAGCAGGUUCAUAGACGUAGAAAACUUCAGAGAUUUUCCUCUGAUUCUGGUUCUUGCAGUGAUGGGGUUGCAGAUGGAGAUUCAGGUUCGUUUCAAUUGGGGUUCGGGUCCUCAAAGCAACCGUUUGGAACUCCCAUGAAGAAGCUAUUAGCUGAAGAACUGUCCCGAGAAACUGAACCCAAAAGAAGAGCUCCCGGUGUCAUAGGCAGAUUAAUGGGUCUUGAUGGACUUCCGUUGCAAUUGCCUGCCAAUAAGCAUCACAAGCAUCUGUCAGAAAAUCAUGUGAAAGGAACAACACCGGCAGCGAAAACUCGAAGAAGUGGUAAAUUAUACGGCGGUCGAACGUCUGGAAGAAGUUCAAAGAAUCAGCAAGAGUUUAAGGAUGUGUUUGAGGUCUCAGAGAUCUCAAACAUAGAGAACUGUAGGUAUUCUUCCCAGGGGUCUGUAAAGUUGAAGAUCACUGAUGAUGAAAUGUCAUUUGUUGAACAGAAAUUCAUGGAUGCCAAACUCCGUGCAACUUAUCAAGAUUUACCGUCUUCCCAGGAUUCCCAUGAUACACUCGAGAUUUCUAAUAAUGAUCUUUUGCAAAAAUACUUUAAGCGGCCAGAUUAUUUGUUUAAAAGUCAUCUAGAUGAUCUGCAAGGUUCCCCUUCUGAAUCACAUUUUGAUCACAUCAGAGUUACCAAAUCAUCAGAUAUAGAGAACUAUGAACAUGGUGACUUAAGCCCGCCGGGCAGGGAGAUAAAAGGGUUGAAUUACAGUAGAUCUCAUCAGAAGCAUCGUGAUGGUUAUUCUUCCCAUGUAAUCAGAAGACAGGAUAUUCAUAGUUCGCCAAAAUCAUCAGAGCUUCAGUUUAAGGGAAGAAAUGAGCCUGAUGCAGUCCCAACAAGGAUUGUUAUCCUAAAACCUAAUCUUGGAAAAGUGCAGAAAGCUACCAAAAUUGGUUCAUCACCUUGUUCUUCACAUACUUCUCUGUUGGAUUAUGGAAAGUAUCCUAAAUUUUCAGAUAGCAGAUUUAGGGACUCUGAACUGAAUCAAAGGAAAAAUUUGCCUGAUAAUGCCUGGCAUUCAAGGCAAAAUUCUUUGGAAUCAAGAGAAAUUGCAAAGGAAAUCACAAGCCAAAUGAAAAAUAAUUUGGGUAAUGGCUCCAUGUUAUUAUCAACUUCUAGAUUUAGAGGAAAUACGUGGGACAAUAGCUCAUGUAGUUUUUCUGGGAAUGAAUCUCUUGAGGAAUCAGAGGUGACACCUGCAACUUUGGGAAAACCAUUUUACGUAAGUAAUACUAUCAGCCCAGCAUCAUGUUUUAGUGAGUCAUUUGUGACUAAAGAGGCAAAGAAGAGAUUAUCAGAGAGGUGGAAAAUGUCACUAAAGUCUCAGCAGGGUCAUUCUGUAUCCAGGAGUGGCACUCUAGCUGAAAUGCUUGCGAAACCUGAUAAGGAAAUGAAAACAGCUAAUUUUGACAGCAGCCCUAGUGGGGAAGGUUUACGUGAUAAACUUUCUAACAACGGUAAACCUGCUGGAUGGGUUGAACCAUUGGGUAUUAGCAGUAGGGAUGGAUGGAAGGAUGGAUGUAUUGGAAGUUUACCAAGGUCUAAGUCUCUUCCUGCUUCAUCUACUACUUCCUUCGGAAGUCCUAGAACAAUUUUGCGCCAUGAAGCUCUUCACGAUGAUCGAUUUAUGAUCCCAAAGGUAGCCUAUAAACGAGAAAGGAAGAAAGUGGUGAAGGGUCUUGAUCGGAGACAGUGUAUGAAUACGAGAAACCUAAAAAGCAAGAAGUCUCGGUGUUCCGAUCCAUCAAAUCUAGAAGGCAAUGAGUCAUCCCAAGACUUGAAUACAAUUCAAAAUAAAGUGAGGUGUAAUCUUGAAGAGGAUUUGCCGAAGCAAGAAAUGUUGGCCGCUGAGAUCGACGGAGAAACUACUGCAGUUACUGAAGCUGUUGCAAAUGUGGCAGAUGAAAAUGCAGUUGUUUCAUCUGAAUCUUAUAUUAAGGAGGUAUCAGUUGGGUCUUCCGCUGAAAAUUUUGUCCCCUUGCAAACACCUGUAUCUGGACUUGAAUCUUCAUGCUGUAAAGAUGCGGAUCAACCCAGUCCAGUCUCAGUGCUGGAACCUUCUUUUACUGAUGAUCUGUCAUCAUGUUCCGAUUGUUUUGAAAGUCUCAGUGUUGACAUACAAGGGCUUCGAAUGCAACUUCAGUUACUGAAGCUAGAAUCUGAAGAAUUUGUGGAAGGAUCCGCGCUAAUUCAAAGUGAUGAAGAUGGCGGGGAAGCAUAUUCAGGAAUAUCAGAAGACAAUGGAUUACUUAAUGGAGAUAGCUGGGAGUCCUCCUACAUGAUUGAUGUCUUGUCUGAAUCUGGUAUUGAUAGAGCUGUACCUGAUGCAUUUUUGGAAGUUUGGCAUUCUCUUGAAUGCCCUGUUAGUCUUUCAGUGUUUGAUGAGCUUGAAAAAAAGUACUCUGAUUGGAGUACUUGUCCACGGUCCGAAAGGAGAUUGCUUUUUGAUCGUAUAAAUUGGGGAAUUAUCGACAUAUACGAGCAAUUCGUUAGUGCACAAUCAUGGGUAAUCCCUUCGAGAGCCACAAAUCUUUGUUCUAGUUCUAAAUUGAUUAAAAGUGGACUCCAAGACUGUUUGUACAGAAUGCUGUGGAGUCAGGGAAAAGUAAAGGAUACGACACUGGGGAAGGUGUUGGUAAGCGAAUUGCAGUGGUUGAACUUAAGAGAUGACAUUGAUGGAAUAGUUAGCGAAGUUGAGAGCUUGCUACUUGAUGAUCUAGUGGCAGAGAUAGCUGUUACAUAGGCAUUUUUGCUCUACGAUGUUUCGUAAUACAUGAAUCAAGUAGUAAAAUGGUAAUUUCGCAAGAUGAAUAAAAAUUGAGACAGUAUUAUAGUGA